UUCUGCCCCUCCCCCUCCUGUACGGCCGCCACUCUGCGCCCGGCUUCGUUCUCACAACCUGGUUCUGCCCACACCUGCCCUUCAGCCUUGUGAACAGUGGCUGUCGAACAAUCUCAGGCCCUGCAGACCCACCUCCCUCGCUCCCGUGGUGGCGGUGGUGACGGGCUGGGGACGUGGGGUAGAAAAAUGGGCGGGAUGUGGGAGGCCGCGGUGCCGGGGCCCACUUCCGGAGGACGGGCGGAAGUGGCUGCGGUGGAUGGUGGGAGGGGGAAGGAGUGCGAGGGGAGGGCCGGGCCGCUGGGGGUCGAGGGGGUGGGGCCUGGGCCGGCGCUGGGGAUCGGGCCUGGGGCCUGGAUUGCUACCCGGGCGGGCCGCGGCUCUUAGCCGAGGCGGGGCGGGCGGGAACCAGGUUAACACGAAAAUCUGCCACCUGGGCCAUGCCGCUUCUAAGGCCUGUUUCUUAUGAGCCUCCGCAGAAGACAGAUGGGCCAGUUCUCACAGUGGAUAACUUCCCCUGCCUGAGCAAGAGAUGGGAUAGUAUCUGGGAUCUGCCCAUCACCAGACUCUGAGCUUAAUAAGGCAGCUGAAUGAAGGGAGGUAACGGACCCCUGAGAGGGGCACUGAAGUCUGCAGUGGGGGGGGAGGGGCCUGGACACACCCCUUCCCCCCCAGACUCCUCCCCGUCAGGGUCAGCUCAGCCAUGGACUUUGGACCUGGAUAAGAAGAGAGAAGCUGCACUUUGGUGGAUCUGAUUUGGGAUUCUCAGUUUUGAAAAUGGAGUGCUGAAUGGGGGUUUGAUGAUCUCCUGGGGAGCAACUGAGACAAGAGGAAAGAACAGGUGCAUGGCUGCUUGCUAAUCCCAUAGUCCAGAGGAAGCAUCCCCAGGACUGCAGGCAAGGGAGCCGGGCAAGCCCCGGGCAGCCUUGAACCCUCCGCUCGCCUGCCCUCCCCGGUGGGGGCCAGGAUGCUGAAGAAGCAGUCUGCAGGGCUUGUGCUGUGGGGCGCUAUCCUCUUUGUGGCCUGGAAUGCCCUGCUGCUCCUUUUCUUCUGGACACGCCCAGCACCUGGCAGGCCACCCUCAGUCAGUGCUCUGGAUGACCCUGCCAGCCUCACGCGGGAAGUGAUUCGCCUGGCCCAAGACGCCGAGGUGGAGCUGGAGCGGCAGCGUGGGCUGCUGCAGCAGAUCGGGGAUGCCCUGUGGAGCCAGCGGGGGAGGGUGCCCACAGCGGGCCCUCCCGCCCAGCCGCACGUGCCUGUGACCCCAGCGCCGGCGGUGAUUCCCAUCCUGGUCAUCGCCUGUGACCGCAGCACUGUUCGGCGCUGCCUGGACAAGCUGCUGCACUACCGGCCCUCGGCUGAGCGCUUCCCCAUCAUCGUCAGCCAGGACUGUGGGCACGAGGAGACGGCGCAGGCCAUCGCCUCCUACGGCAGCGCGGUCACGCACAUCCGGCAGCCCGACCUGAGCAGCAUCGCGGUGCCGCCGGACCACCGCAAGUUCCAGGGCUACUACAAGAUCGCGCGGCACUACCGCUGGGCGCUGGGCCAGGUCUUCCACCAGUUUCGCUUCCCCGCGGCCGUGGUGGUGGAGGACGACCUGGAGGUGGCCCCGGACUUCUUCGAGUACUUCCAGGCCACCUAUCCGCUGCUGAAGGCCGACCCCUCGCUCUGGUGCGUCUCGGCCUGGAAUGACAACGGCAAGGAGCAGAUGGUGGACUCCGGCAAGCCCGAGCUGCUCUACCGCACCGACUUCUUCCCUGGCCUGGGCUGGCUGCUGCUGGCCGAGCUCUGGGCCGAGCUGGAGCCCAAGUGGCCGAAGGCCUUCUGGGACGACUGGAUGCGCCGGCCGGAGCAGCGGAAGGGGCGGGCCUGCAUACGCCCCGAAAUCUCCAGAACGAUGACCUUUGGCCGCAAGGGUGUGAGCCACGGGCAGUUCUUUGACCAGCACCUCAAGUUCAUCAAGCUGAACCAGCAGUUUGUGCGCUUCACCCAGCUGGACCUGUCCUACCUGCAGCGGGAGGCCUAUGACCGGGACUUCCUCGCCCGCGUCUACGCGGCCCCGCAGCUGCAGGUGGAGAAAGUGAGGACCAAUGACCGCCAGGAGCUGGGGGAGGUGCGGGUGCAGUAUACCGGCAGGGACAGCUUCAAGGCCUUCGCCAAGGCUCUGGGUGUCAUGGAUGACCUCAAGUCGGGGGUUCCGAGAGCUGGUUACCGGGGUAUUGUCACCUUCCAGUUCCGGGGCCGCCGUGUCCACCUGGCGCCCCCGCCGACGUGGGAGGGCUACGAUCCUAGCUGGAAUUAGCCUGUCCUUCGUGGGCCCCUCCUUACCACAUCAUGAGCUGAGGCGGGACCACAGUCCCCAGGCUGCAUCGGCCUGCCUGUGUUUCCCUCUUAGGUGCAUUUAUCUUUUUGAUUUUUCCGAGUGGCAUUUAAGUGCACAGAUGAUAACGUGAGGAUGAUUCUCCCGUUCUCAAGGGAGUCAGAUCAGGGGAACUAUUCUAGGGUGUGUUGUGGGGUAUGAAGCAGGAAACCACUGUGUGGUAGGGGGACACUGGGCUUGUUGAGGCCAGAAAUGUCCACGUCCUGAGUUUUCUCCUGGGGCAUGUGCGGAGAGUUUGGCAACGUUUGCCCUCUUGACCAGACCCUUCUCCCUGACGUGGCUUUUCCAGCCAGGGCAUGAGCCCUCCUUCUACACCUGCUCCCUUUCCCCCAGUGGGGGCUGGGUUAUGGGAGAAGGGGACAUAUUUGUGGCCAAAAUGAUACUAACCAAAGGGGCUGCCUUGUCAGGGUCUGGUGGAGUUGGUGGGUCACUGGGGCUCACUGCCUCGUCCUCCUCUCCUGUCUCUGACCCCCAGUCAGCCCUUCUCUCCCUGCAGCCUAGCAGUUUAUCGUUCUGAGAUGGAAAGUUGAAGGGGGCAAGCAAGACCUCUCAGCCUAUGCCCAGCUGUCAGGGGAGAGGUGCAGGGAGGAAGGCCUUGUGCUGGGACAACCGCUCUCUUGCCUUACCUCAGAGAGGGACUGUGCCCUGACCCCUCCUUUCUGAAAAUCAGUCCCCUCCCUGUUGCUCUAGGAGGCUCCUGCUGACUUUGUAGAAGACAGAAUUUGAUCCGCGUGUCCCUUUUUCCUCUGGGGUUUGGCGCACAGGCUCCUCCCUGCAGGCUGUGGCUCUGGUGGCCUCUCAGCAUGAGGUGGAGCAGUGACCAGGACGCCUCUGGCCCAGUGCUGCCCAGCCUCCCUGCCCACUCCCAGGCGCCCCAUGUCCUCACAGGCCAGGAUGCCAUGGCAGGGUGGAGAGGACUUGGUGGAUUUUUGCUUCUUGCCUGACCUCAGUUUCAUGAAAGAAAGUGGAAGCUACAGAAUUAUUUUCUAAAAUAAAGUAAAGGCUGAAUUGUCUGAAAAAUA